UUUUUGCCUCUGCGAAGUGCGAACUCGAAGGAACUCAAGACAAAAAAGCAGAAACCCUCGGGUUCCCGUCGGCUCCUCCCUCUUUUAUCCUCUCUGCCGACUUUCUCGGCGCCUGCAUCUCGAUCUUCUCCACCUUCUCGCGAUCCAUCGUCGCCCUUUGCAAUCGAAGAAGGAUUGAUAAACAAAACGAAGAAACGCGACACAAUCAUCAGCGCCUGGUGGAAACUUCGAAAUUGGAACUUGUAACUUUCUGAUUCCAUCAUCUUCGCAGAGACUAGCUGUACGAUGCAAAUCAGUGAAUAAAAGAUUGAGAGGGUCAUUGACAUAAUCUUUUAGAAUGUAUUACAGAGGUAAAUUUGCUGAUGGUGGUGAUGGGCGUGAAAUGGCUGCAAAACGUCAACGAAUUGUUGAUCCAGGAUCAUCAUUCUAUGGGACUUCUCCUGGUUCCAGUUUUAUGUACAAUCCACCCCCAUAUGGCUAUGUCAAUCAACCUCCUUUUCCUGUUGUUCAUCUGCGUGGCCUCCCCUUUGACUGCACUGAAACCGAUGUCGUCGAGUUCUUCCAUGGUCUUGAUGUAGUUGAUGUCCUCUUUGUUCAUAAAGGUGGCAAGUUCACUGGGGAGGGUUUCUGUGUUCUCGGGUACCCCCUUCAAGUUGACUUUGCUCUUCAGAGAAACCGGCAGAACAUGGGUAGAAGAUAUGUGGAGGUUUUCAGAAGCAAGAGGCAGGAAUACUACAAGGCAAUUGCAAAUGAGGUUUCCGAUGCCCGUGGCGGUGGGUCACCCCGUCGAAGUGCUUCAAAGGCUAAAUCCUAUGAUGAAGGAAAAGAUUCAGCCGAGCAUACUGGGGUUUUGCGAUUGAGAGGAUUGCCAUUUUCUGCCACUAAGGAUGACAUAAUGGAGUUCUUCAAGGAUUUUGUGCUGUCAGAGGAUUCUAUUCAUAUUGUGAUGAAUUCAGAAGGGAGACCUUCUGGGGAAGCUUAUGUGGAAUUUGCAAGUGCAGAUGAUUCAAAAUCAGCAAUGGCGAAGGACAGGAUGACACUUGGAAGUCGCUACAUUGAGUUGUUUCCUUCAUCACAGAGGGAGAUGGAUGAAGCAAUUUCAAGAGGGCGGUGACUCCUAGCAUGCCUUUACACUUGCAUGCUAUUCAUUAGUUGUUAUCUUAUGUUUGCUAAUUAAAUCUUAUAAUUAGUCGAGAAUUUUGCUGUAGUUUUUAAUUUUUAGCAGUAUGGAUUUGCUAUGUUGCAUUAGAGGAAUAUGGUUUUUAUAGCCAGCAUUAAGAAAAUAAACGGUUGCCUAUUUUGAACUUAGAUAUGUUUAUAGACGUCCAUUUUCAAAUUAUCUUUGCGCAAAUUAAUUAUUCUGUUUGUAAGAGAUAGGUUAAUUAUGUACGAGGAAUAAAUUGCAUCUAAUCAUAUUCUUACGAGGGUAACGUCCUGAUCUUUCUCAUUC